AUUACGAACUGUCUGAGUGAAUUUCUACAAAUCAGAAGUCAUGGCAUCUGCCCAAAAAGUUCUUCCAGGCAUUCAGAAUAUUAAGGCUGACCCAGAAGAGCUGUUCACCAAACUGGAAAGGAUUGGAAAGGGCUCGUUUGGAGAGGUGUUUAAAGGAAUAGACAAUCGCACACAGAAGGUCGUGGCCAUUAAGAUCAUUGAUUUGGAGGAGGCAGAGGAUGAAAUCGAGGACAUUCAGCAAGAGAUUACAGUGUUAAGCCAGUGUGACAGUCCCUUUGUUACAAAGUAUUAUGGGUCAUAUCUGAAGAGCACAAAGUUAUGGAUCAUAAUGGAGUAUUUAGGAGGAGGAUCAGCAUUAGAUUUAUUGGAGCCAGGUCCACUGGAUGAGUCUCAGAUUGCUACCAUCCUCAGAGAAAUACUUAAGGGCCUGGAGUACUUGCAUUCAGAAAAGAAAAUCCACCGGGAUAUUAAAGCUGCUAACGUGCUGCUGUCGGAGCAGGGUGAUGUGAAGCUAGCUGAUUUUGGUGUAGCAGGCCAGCUUACAGAUACUCAGAUCAAGAGGAACACGUUUGUAGGCACUCCGUUCUGGAUGGCACCUGAAGUCAUAAAACAGUCAGCCUACGAUUCAAAGGCAGAUAUCUGGUCGCUGGGUAUAACUGCGAUAGAGCUGGCCAAAGGAGAGCCGCCCCACUCUGAACUACAUCCCAUGAAAGUUUUAUUCCUAAUCCCAAAGAAUAACCCUCCCACUCUAGAGGGAAACUACAGCAAACCACUCAAGGAGUUUGUGGAAGCCUGUCUGAACAAGGAGCCGAGCUUUAGGCCUACAGCCAAAGAGCUGCUGAAACAUAAGCUUAUUGUACGGCACAGUAAAAAGACCUCAUACCUCACUGAACUCAUCGACAGGUACAAGAGGUGGAAGGCUGAACAGUGUCGAGACGAGUCCAGCUCGGAUGAUUCUGAUUCGGAGCAGGACAGACAGGCUUCUGGUGGACACGGCUCGGGAAACGAUGAAUGGAACUUUACUAUAAGAGAAAAGGACCCAAGUAAGCUUCAAAAUGGAAUCCUGCAGUCCAUGGAGGUGAAGGUACCAGGCAAUGCACAGAGGCCUUUGUCCCAGAGCUUGUCAACCAUUAUAUCUCCAUUGUUUGCAGAACUUAAGCAAAAGGGUGAGGCAAGUAAUGGAAAACCAGAGGCAGUAGAUGAGUUAAGGGAGGCCAUAUUCCUGGCAGAAGAGGCAAGUCCGGGCAUCUCAGACUCCAUGGUGACAGAAUUGGUACAGAGAUUGCAGAGGUUUGCUGUUCCCCGGACCCCAUCUCACUGAGGUCUGGCUAUGGAUUCUCCUCUCUUUGCCUCAGUGCAGCCAGAACUGUGUCCUUCACGCAGUAACUCCCUCAUUGCUCCUCCAGACUAAGCUGCUGCCUACAUAUGCGUUUUUAAUCUUGGUUUGCAUAUCAGGUGACAAGGUGGUGGUGUGGUGGUCUGGGUGGGGUAGGUCUAACACCCUUCCUGAGAACAGUGCACCUUACUACGCUCACACCGGGACACAACAGUGGGCUGUUGCAUCAGCUGUGCAUAAAUUCUUUUUAAACAGCAUGUUUAAAGCGAUUUCUAGAUCUUAUUGAAAGCAUUUCAUUUUUAACCCAAGUUCUGAUUGUUGAAUUUAGGUGCAACUUAAAUAUAUGAAUCCAAUAUCCAAAAAAGUAGCUGGUUAACAUUUCUGUAAAUGAUUUAUGAGGUUUGUUGUUGGGGUUCUGUAGUAUUGGUCAUUUUCAGUUGCUGGAUUUGCUCAUUAUUUAUUGGGGAUGAGCAUUAGAACUACGUUUUUGCUAAAUGUCUGUAUUU